ACGGCCACCAUUCAAAAUGGCGUUUCAGUUGGUCAAAGUCUUUGUCAUCGGGGUUAUCGUUUCUGUUGCCCUUGGUUGCAGUUGGGUUCCAGAAGUAGACCAGGAAAAUUUCUGCUUUGCAAAAUAUGCAUUUAAUGCCACAGUUAAGUCAGUGGAACAAGUGUAUGAAAACGCUGAUUAUAUAUACACAAUUGACAUCCUAGAGGAUUACAAGAACACAAAUAGAGCGCUGGGUCAUUUUGACACAAUUAUUGGAGAGGGGCCAUCGUGGUCCUGUGGACCACAAAAGCUAAAUAUCGGAGAGGCAUACUUAAUUUACGCUGGUGUAGGCGACAAUGGAGAGCUCAAUAUCGUCGAUUACAGAAGCAUGGAAAACGUUAAACCCAGUGAUAUAGAGAGAAUGAGAACAAAGUAUGACUGUGGUUGCGAGAUAAAAUGGAACUAUCCCAAAAUUUUGUCUGGGAUGUCACUUGAACUCCCCCCGCCUUCUCAGGACGAAUGUAAUGUCCCCGACAAUUACUGCAGAAAUAGUGCCUUCUGCCGGAGAAACGAGACGGGAUUCUGCACGUGGGGUAACCUGGGAGAGUGCUACUGAAUCAAGACAAUGUGUUUCUUUGUAAUCAUCAUUCAUUAUUAUGAAUAUUAUAUGUGUCCAAGCACUCAUUUGUUCUUUGUAGAAUCUUUAUUUUGAUCUUAUACCAUAAUCUUCUAAUAUAAUAGAUAUACCUUUUAAGCCA